GACCACAGAGGGGCGCGGGCGCCGUGCUGGCGCUGGACUUAGGAGCUCCGGAGCCCGAAGCGCACGCCUGGCCGCGUGGGCGGCGAUGAACGCCGAGGGAUCACAGUCCCUGGCCGCCCCCCGCGGGCGUCCUAGUCACCUACUGGUGCCCGCGCGGACCAAAACUGCUCUGGCCUUGUUGUAUGAUGAGGGGUUGGAAAAUGCCUAUGACGUCCGCCUGAAGCUGACCAAAGAGGUGCUGACUAUUCAAAAGCAAGAUGUCGUCUGCAUCGGGGGAGCUCCUCCUGGUGCUAAUCACAGAACUGUUACACUUCACAGACAACCUGUGGGUGGCCUGGGCCUAAGUAUCAAGGGAGGAGCAGAGCAUGGAGUCCCUGUCGUCAUAUCCAAAAUAUUCAAAGACCAAGCAGCUGACCAGACAGAGAUGUUGUUCAUAGGAGAUGCUGUACUACAGGUUAAUGGCAUUAAUGUAGAAAAUGCAACCCAUGAAGAAGUGGUGCAUCUUCUGAGAAACGCUGGCGAUGAUGUCACCAUCACUGUUGAGUAUCUCAGGGAAGCACCCUCAUUUCUGAAGCUGCCGUUAGGGUCCCCAGGGCCAUCCAGUGACCACAGCAGCAGGGCCUCAUCGCCUCUAUUUGACAGUGGUCUGCACCUGAAUGGCCACUGCAGCCACACAGCUCCAUCAUCACCUUCCUCACCCAUAGCUAAUGAACCAAAGUAUGAGAAGCGUUGGCUAGAUACCUUGUCAGUCCCUCUGUCUAUGGCUCGGAUUUCAAGAUACAAAGCUGGAAUGGAAAAGCUCAGGUCCAGUGCGUUGGAGGUGCUGGCCCUGGACGGAGCCAGCACAGGAGUCCUUCAAUUCUCCACUGCCCAGGACUGUGCUGACUGGCUGCGUGCAAUCUCAACCAACAUCAAUGACCUGACGCUUCAACAUAUGAAAAUGGCAAAUAAAUGCUGUUCUCCCUGUGACCAGGUGGUGCACAUGGGAUGGGUAAAUGAGAGGCUCCAAGGAGCUGACAACUCUCAGAACUUCAGAUCCAAGUUCUUAGCCCUGAGGGGUUCGUCAUGCUACAUUUUCAGCGCUCCUCCGGUAAGCACACUGGAUUGGGGACGAGCAGAACGUGCCUAUAACCUCUGUGAGGUGCUGUUUAAAGUUCACAAGUUCUGGCUUUCAGAUAACUACUGGCUACAGGCAAACCUGUAUCUUGGUCUCCAAGAUCUCGACUGUGAAGACCCCAGGUCAUACUGCUUCAGUGUCCUGGCCAGCCACGGGAAGAGCCACAUCUUCAGUGUGGAGCUGGGCAGUGAGCUGGCCGUGUGGGAAAAGGCAUUCCAAAGAGCAACUUUCAUGGAAGUUCAGAGAACCGGGUCAAAAACCUAUCUGUGCAGCUGGCAAGGCGAAAUGCUGUGCUUCACGGUGGAUUUUGCUCUGGGAUUCACCUGCUUUGACGGUAAAACAAAGAAUGUACUCUGGAGAUUCAAGUUCUCUCAGCUUAAGGGAUCUUCAGAUGACGGGAAAACUCGAGUAAAGCUGCUGUUUCAGAAUCUGGACACCAAGCAAAUUGAAACGAAGGAGCUGGAGUUCCAGGAUUUGACAGCGGUCCUCCACUGCAUCCACUCUUUUAUUGCCGCCAAGGUGGCCUCCCUGGACCCCGUGUUCAUGGACAGCCAGAGUAUGGCAAGAAGAUACAUGUGCAGCAGCUAAAACAAGUCUGAAGAGUGCUGCAAGCAAUUAAAUUAUUUUCUUAAGAAACAAAUCUUUUCUGCACAAUGUUGCAACUUUGUGUGGUUUUAUAAUGAGCCUAUAGUUGUGAUACCAAUAAAGACAUCACUAGUUUCACAGAUGGGUCAGACUGUUGAAUCUGACAAUGGGGUAUCAAUCUGACCUGGCACAGAGGUAGUAGGAACUCAGGGUCCUCCGAAAUCAUCCCAUUCCAGCCUGUCUCAAACAGCCGGUGAUGUAACGCCACAAUCUACUGCUUGCAUUCAUGAAAUCCAAAUUUUAUUUUUGCAAAUUACCAGGUAGGAGAGUGAGAAGCCACUAUUUACUCUUUCUU